AUGUCGGGUAUUCCGCUCGGUGUGGGAGGGCCACCCCCUCCCGGUAUGGAUACGAAACGUGGACGGCUCGUCUGUAUCAAAGUCAGAAUGUUGGACGAUAGUGUGGCCGUCUUUCAUCUCGGGCAUAAAGCACUCGGUCAAACGUUACUCGACGAGGUAGCACGGCAUUUGAAUUUGCUUGAAAAUGACUACUUCGGUUUGGAGUGCAUUGAUAACUCGGGAUGCCAUUGUUGGCUGGAUGCGGACAAGCCGAUUUUACGACAAAUCAGCUCACAUAGUACUGAUGCAAAAUUCUAUUUUAUUGUAAAAUUCUAUACACCUAAUCCAAUCGAUCUUGAAGAAGAAUAUACGCGGUACUUAUUAACGCUUCAAAUUCGACGUGAUUUGUCAAUGGGCGAAUUGCAUUGUGCCGAAACAACAGCUGCCUUGUUAGCCGCAUAUCUUGUGCAGUCUGAAUGUGGUGAUUUCUCCGCUGAAGACUAUCCAGAUGCUACGUAUCUCUCACAUUCACGUUUCAUUCCUCAUCAAACCAUUGAAUUUCAACAAAAAGUCAUGGAAAACCAUAAAAACUUGAUGUAA